AACUCUCAUACGCUCCGGCCGUACCAUCGGACAGGGCCGUGUUGGCUCCUGCUCGUAUGAGCCAUCUCUUCAAAAGGAGAUGAAUAGACAGACAGACAGACAGUGGGCGGGGCGUUGGUGAAGCAUGCCACCCGCUCCACUAAAAAUGGAGGGGCGAGUUGUUGUCCUGCAACAACGCCCACCGACCCUACCUCCGUCGGCGCCGUCCCCCGAUCCUCGCAGCGGCUUCGACGCCGCAUCCAGAACCUUCCACAGCCUGCGUCCGAACGUUUCGCUUCCGCUGCCCGAUCGCCCCCUCUCCUUCCUCGCCUACGUCUUGUCCCUCCUCCCCUGCCCCCUCCCCUCCCACCCCGCCCUCGUCGAUGCCGCCACCGGCCACGCCAUUUCCUUCGCCGAUCUCCUCUCCCGGGUCCGCUCCCUCGCCGCCGCACUCCGCUCCCGCAUCGGUCUCGCCAAGGGCCACGUCGUCUUCAUCCUCGCCCCCGCAGGCCUCGACGUCCCCGCCCUCUACCUCGCUCUCCUCUCCAUCGGCGCGGUUAUUUCCGCCGCCAAUCCCGCCUCCACCCCGGCCGAGAUCGCCCACCUCGUCUCCCUCUCCGAUCCCCGCAUCGCCUUCGCCACAUCCGACAGCGCGGGCAAGCUCCCCCGCUGCGUGGCCACCGUCCUCCUCGACUCGCCCCGCUUCCGCUCGUUAUUCGACGGCGACGGAGAGGAAGUCGUGGAGGAGGAGGUCGAGCAAUCGAACGUGGCCGUUAUACAGUACUCCUCCGGGACGACUGGGAUGGUGAAGGCAGCCGCGCUGUCGCAUCGCAACUUCAUCGCGAUGGUCGCGGGAUUCCACGCGACCAGGAAACCGAAGGCGGAGGUGUUUCUCUUGGGAGCCCCCUUGUUCCAUUCCAUGGGCUUCUUCUUUCUGCUGAAAGCCCUGGCGUUGGGCGAGACGACGGUUGUGAUGGGGGGCAGGGGAGGCGUGAAGCAAAUGCUACAGGCGGCAGAGAGGUAUCGGGUGACCGCCAUGACGGCGGCGCCACCCGUGGUGGUCGCGAUGGCAAAGUGGCCGGAGCCGCUAGACUUAGAAGCUCUGGAGCACAUCACCUGUGGCGGCGCGCCACUCCCUGAGGCAUCAGCCGUGCGAUUCAUGAGGCGAUUUCCACGCGUGGAGAUCCGUCAGGGAUAUGGAUCCACUGAAGGUGGAGGCAUAUCUAGGAUGAUCUGUAAAGAGGAGUGUCGUCGGGUUAGGUCCGCUGGUCGCCUCUCCCACAACGUUGAAGCUAUGCUUGUGGAUAAUGCCACAGGAGAAAGAUUGUCAAUUGGCCAAACUGGAGAACUAUGGGUUAGAAGCCCUUUCGUCAUGCUAGGUUAUGUCGGAAAUGAGCAAGCAAAUGCAAUCACCUUCGAUGCCAAUGGUUGGUUGAAGACUGGUGACCUCUGUUACUUUGAUGAGGAUGGAUUUCUGCACGUUGUGGGUCGGUUGAAGGAAUUGAUUAAAUAUAAAGCCUAUCAGGUUCCACCUGCUGAGUUAGAGCAUUUGCUUCAAUGUCUACCGGGGAUUGCUGAUGCUGCAGUGGUUCCUUAUCCGGAUGAGGAAGCAGGCCAAAUACCUAUGGCUUUAGUAGUUCCACAGCCAGGAUCCAACCUCAGUGAAAUAGAAAUAAUGGAUCUCAUCGCGAAGCAGGUAGCGCCUUACAAGAAGAUUCGUAAAGUAGUUUUCACUAACUAUAUACCGAAAACGCCAUCGGGGAAGAUCUUGAGAGCAGCAUUGCGCAACCAUGCAGUUUUCAACUCCUUGUCUAGACUAUAAUGUGGAUUAGUUUUCCAAAACAAUUACGAUGUGGAUAAAGUGAUUUGUUUAUAUUCCAAUAUAAUGUGUUGGAUCUUAUCUCUAUAUGAUGGGGCUUGCUUGUA